GCAUUAACAGAAGAAUAAGAGAUGGGCUCUUGUAGCGUCAACCUUUCUUCGUUACUUCUCCUAGAGGGUGCUGAGACAAAGGAGCCGAACAUUUUAAAAGCAAGCCCGGCCUACCUUGUGUAUCAGCGCGCCUACACGAAGCCGCGGCAGAAGCUGUUGGACACGAGGCUAUAUUAUGACGCCUCGGUGUUCGGGCAUCCCCGCGAAUCGGUGCUCGGAUGAAGUGGUGAGCAGCCCUUGUACCGGCGGAUGAGGAAAUAGCCGGGCGCAGGUGGAGGAGCUGCCAGGUGGCUCUUCUUCCCUCGUCGCGGCUCGUCCGAUGCUCAAGGACAACAAGACGAGGUACGAGGGCGAGGACGGCGGGUCGGGCGUCGAGCCGGAUCGCAACGGGAACAGCAGCGGCAGCUCGCAGGCGCACGGGCUCGCACUAUGUCAACAGCAGCAGACCUUCGGCUUCGAAGGUGUGACGCCAGGCGCCGGCGGAUCCUACUUCCCCGGCGUCGGCGGUGGCGUGCUGCUGCCGACUGCGGCACUCCCCAAGGAUGCCGCGUCGGCGGUGGCAGCAGCGACGGCGGCGGCGGCGGCGGCAAUGGGAACGACCACGAAGGAGGUCCGCUACGCAGCGGGCUUCCCGGCCACGGCCCUCCCGCCUCCGCCGCCCUCGCUACCGGUCGCCGGUGGGGAUCAGCCGGAGCUCGAGAUGUUCGAAACGCAGCACGGCUUCUCCCAGUCGAUGAGCUCUCUGCCGCCCGAGCCCUUUAUGAUAAUGCGCUCCAAGGCGCUGAACCGACGCGUCUCUAUAAACGUCGGUGGCGUCAAGCACGAGGUGCUCUGGCGUACCCUCGAACGGCUCCCGCACACCCGACUCGGCCGCCUUCGCGACUGCAACACUCACGAGGCCAUCGUCGAGAUAUGCGACGACUACUCGCUCAUCGACAACGAGUACUUUUUCGACCGGCAUCCCAAGUCCUUCAGCUCGAUUCUAAAUUUCUACCGCACGGGCAAGCUCCACAUCGUCGACGAGAUGUGCGUGCUUGCGUUCAGCGACGACCUCGAGUACUGGGGGGUCGACGAGCUGUAUCUAGAGAGUUGCUGCCAGCACAAGUACCAUCAGCGAAAGGAGCAUGUGCACGAGGAGAUGCGCAAGGAGGCCGAGUCGCUGAGACAACGAGACGAGGAGGAAUUUGGAGAUGGCAAAUGUGCUCAAUACCAGAAGUAUUUAUGGGAUCUGCUAGAGAAGCCGACCACCUCGAUCGCCGCGAGGGUGAUAGCUGUGAUAUCAAUCUUGUUUAUCGUGCUGUCGACGAUAGCGCUGACCCUCAACACCAUCCCUAGCAUGCAAGUAUAUGACAAGGAAGGUAACAUCCAAGAUAAUCCUCAGUUGGCGAUGGUCGAGGCUGUCUGCAUCACUUGGUUUACGCUUGAGUAUGUACUGCGCUUCAGUGCCUCACCCGACAAAUGGAAAUUCUUCAAGGGUGGACUGAACGUCAUCGACUUACUAGCUAUAAUGCCAUAUUUUGUAUCGCUUUUCCUUGUUGAAACGAACAAAAAUGCCACCGAUCAAUUCCAGGACGUAAGGAGAGUCGUACAGAUAUUUCGUAUUAUGAGGAUCCUAAGGAUCUUGAAAUUGGCGAGGCACUCAACGGGUCUCCAAAGUUUGGGCUUCACCCUAAGAAACUCGUAUAAAGAGUUGGGCUUGCUGAUGCUCUUUUUGGCAAUGGGUGUAUUGAUAUUCUCGAGUCUGGCUUACUUCGCGGAAAAGGAGGAGCCCGGGACCAAAUUCAUAAGCAUUCCGGAGACGUUCUGGUGGGCAGGCAUUACCAUGACCACCGUUGGCUACGGCGACAUUUACCCCACCACGGCGUUGGGCAAGGUCAUCGGUAGUGUGUGUUGUAUAUGUGGUGUCCUGGUAAUCGCGUUACCCAUUCCCAUUAUCGUCAAUAAUUUUGCCGAGUUCUACAAGAAUCAGAUGAGGCGGGAAAAGGCUUUGAAGAGGCGCGAGGCUCUCGAAAGGGCGAAACGCGAGGGCAGCAUCGUGUCUUUCCAUCAUAUCAAUCUGAGGGACGCCUUCGCCAAGAGCAUGGAUCUAAUUGACGUCAUCGUCGAUACUGCUCGAAUCGCGAACGGGAUUGUCGACCGAGGUAAACAUCCGUUAAUGCUGCUGCCGAAUUUUAACGCUGCACACACGACUUUGAAAGAGCAUCGCUGUUGUACGGCCAAAUUAUUCUAUUUAGUGUUGCUACAGAUGACAAACUAUUUUCGCGUAACAUUAACUGCUUGUGUUGAUUAUCAAUACUACAAUAUAGAAGUAAAUAGCUUUUAA